UAACACACACCUGUUUCUAACGCACACCCCUAACACAACCCUCUUUCUAACCCACACCCUUAACACAACCCUUCCUUGCACCAUCAUGCACGCGCCCUGUCCUCUUUCUCCUCCUUCUUCUGUGUGUGUGUGUGUGUACGUACGUGUGUGUGUGUGAACUCUCACUAGGGAUAAAUCCUGCCUCUCCUCCUUUCUUUCCCUCUUCUCUUUGCCACUCACACACACGAGCAGGGCUCCCUCUACCAAACCUCACUCACAUACAAAUACACACACAGCCCAGCCUCUGUGCAGUCUAGUCCACAUUGGUUCUUUUGGUGCUUUGACAUUUUGCCUUCAUGGAGGACUACCACAAACCCGACCAGCAGACGGUGCAGGCGCUCAGGAACAUCGCCAACCGCCUCCGAAUCAACUGCAUCAAGGCUACCACCGCAACGGGCAGCGGACACCCUACAUCAUGCUGCAGCGUGGCAGAAAUCAUGUCUGUGCUCUUCUUCAACACAAUGAAGUACCGCCCAGAGGACCCCAAGAACAUCAACAACGACCGCUUCAUCCUCUCUAAGGGUCAUGCCGCCCCGGCCCUGUACUCCAUGUGGACAGAGACUGGCUUCCUGAAGGAGAGUGAGCUGCUCUCUCUGUGCCAGGUGGAGUCCAACCUGGAGGGACACCCCACACCUUUUCAGAAGCAGCAGUUUGUGGAUGUGGCUACUGGCUCUCUGGGCCAGGGCCUGGGUGUGGCCUGUGGGAUUGCCUACACCGGGAAGUACUUUGACAAGUCCAGCUACCGUGUGUUCUGUCUGAUGGGGGAUGGGGAGCUGUCUGAGGGGGCAGUGUGGGAGGCCAUGUCCUUCGCCUCCUACUACCAGCUGGACAACCUGGUGGCCAUCUUGGAUAUCAACCGUCUGGGCCAGACCGACCCAGCUCCCCUGCAGCACCACGUGGAGAAGUAUCAGAAACGCUGUGAGGCCUUCGGUUGGCAUGCCAUCAUCGUGGAUGGGCACAGUGUGGAGGAGCUGUGUAAGGCUCUGAGCCAGGCUCGCCACCAGCCCACUGCCAUCAUCGCCAAGACCACCAAGGGCAAGGGCAUCCCAGCUGUGGAGGAUAAGAUGGGCUGGCAUGCCAAGCCCCUGCCCAAAGACAUGGCUGAGGGAGUCGUGAAGGAUCUGCAGGCGCGCAUCAUGAACAGCAGCAAGCGCCUGUACCCUGCCACGCCCAUGGAGGACGCCCCGCCAGUCAGCCUGUGCAACAUCCGCAUGCCCAGCGCCCCCGCCUACAAGCAGGGAGAGAAGAUUUCCACCAGGAAAGCCUAUGGCAUGGCCCUGGCUAAACUGGGUCGUUACAAUGAGCGCGUGGUGGUCCUGGACGGAGACACCAACAACAUCACCUACUCAGAGAUCUUCAAGAACGAACAUCCCAACCGCUUUGUGGAGUGUUACAUCGCUCAACAGAACAUGGUGAGUGUUGCCACUGGUUGCGCUGCCCGUGAGAGGAACGUUGUGUACGCCAGCACCCUGGCCUCCUUCUUCACCCGCGCCUACGACCAGCUCCGUAUGGCUGCCAUCUCAGAGAGCAACAUCAAUCUGUGUGGCUCCCACUGUGGCCUGUCCAUCGGAGAGGACGGGCCAUCCCAGAUGGGUCUAGAAGACAUAGCCAUGUUUAGGGCCAUCCCCACGGCAACCAUCUUCUACCCCAGCGAUGGCGUUUCUAUUGAAAAGGCAGUGGAGCUUGCUGCCAGCACAAAGGGUGUUUGCUACAUAAGAACCAGCCGCCCCGAGAAACCCAUCAUCUACAGCAGCAAUGAGGACUUCCAUGUUGGACAGGCUAAGGUGGUGCACCAGAGUACGGAGGACAAGGUGACUGUGAUCGGAGCUGGGAUUACUCUGCAUGAGGCCGUGGCUGCAGCUGAGAUGCUCAAGAAAGAGAGGAUCUUCAUCAGGGUGAUUGACCCGUUCACCAUCAAACCCCUGGACUCCAAGACCAUCAUUGAGCACGCGCGCCAGACCAGGGGGCGUAUCCUCACUGUAGAGGACCACUACUACGAAGGUGGUCUGGGGGAGGCAGUGUGCUCAGCGGUGGUGAACGAGCAGGGCUUCACCCUACAGCGGCUGGCCGUGGCCCACGUACCCCGCAGCGGCAAGCCCAACGAGCUGCUCAAGAUUUACGGCAUCGACCGCGAAGCCAUUUGCCAGGCCAUCAGGAAGAUGCUCAGCGGCUCUGCCAACGCCAAGUAGCUCCACCCCUUCCUGCCUAAGCCCCACCCGACCCAAUUCUACCACCCCUCAGAUAAACGUUUCAUGUCACAUGACCCCACCCCACCCCACCUGGUAACCUCGCCCCCUCACUGUGAAAGUCCACCCCUGUGUUUACUGAAGUAACGUGCGUUUGUGCUGUAUGUACAUUUUGACGUAACCGUCACACAUUUCACUUUUUUUCCCUCAUACAUCACACACACACACACACACACACACACACACACACACACACACACACACACACACACACACACACACACUUACUUCCUGGUAACCAUGGGUCAUCACAGGGUCAAGUUUAGAAUUUAAAAUGAGAGAUAGUCAUUGAUCCUCAAACCCGGUUGGCAGGUGUAGAUGGACAUUCUCCAUACCAAACAAUCCAAUAAAGACUGUACAUGUUGUUACUCAAUGCAGGUACCUUUAUGUGAUGCUCAUGUGUUUUUAAACUCUUCCUCUUUGAUAUUUUCAACCCCAAACAACCAGCAGCAGUCUAUUUGAAUACUUUUAUAUUGUUCUGAUGAUGUAGUUCUGAAGACAGGGUGGGGCAUGUGGUAGUGAAAUCUAGGUGUCGUCUCCAUGACAUGUUUGUAGAACGUAGUCCAAUAAAAAAUAAAUACAGACGAUCAAAUAGAAAUGUAUGUGGGCCAUAAAUAUCAGUGAAGUGAAAAGUCCAUACAGUUUGAACCAUAUGUCUCUUUAUACCACAACACCCAACUUGUACUGGACAGCUUGUGUUAGCACAGCACACACUAACUUCCUUUCAUCUCUACAGCUCAGGCGUAGACUAGCUAAACAUAUGGCGUCAAAGAACUGCCCAAAUGUUGUGCGUUCAACCUUUGGCAGAUAUCUAACUCCAUAUUAACACCUUUUACCUGGAUGAGCAAACCAGAAGAAGUACGUUAGCCCGAACUGUCUGAACAUACCAAUAAUGUUUCUAUUCCAUUUACAUUUUUGUCAUUUAGCGUAUGCUCUUAUCCAGAGUGACUUACAGGAGCAAGACCAAUGUGUCCUCUACAGCAAAUAGUUUGACUUGGAGGUCGGGGAGAGGGAUACAGGGCCAGCUAGGACUUACAGUAGGGUUGGGGUGAAUUCCAUUUGAAUUCAGUCAAUUCAGGAAGUGAAUUGAUCCUAACCCUGGAUUAGAGAGCAUCUCUGUGCUUGUGGCCAUGGUGAUGUUGGGAGUAUGCUGUUACAUCUGAACUGUGAACCUAGUACAAACACCUCCUUCGUUACUUGAACUUCUGUAUGUACCUUAUACUUUUAUUUAUUAAAGCCCUCUGCAUUUCAA